GGAGACUAUAGACCUCCCAAAAAUGAAAAUACAUAAAAAGAAGGCGAACAAGUUCGCCAAUCUGUACCGCAGAAGACUUGAGAUUAUGAAAAAGCAGAACUCCACUACAAAAUACAGGAAUUUUAUUGAUGAAUAUAACAACACUGAGGGGAUAAAGAAGAAACCUACUUCUAAAUUUGAGGAUCUCAAGAUUGAUCCUGAUUCUAACAUGCAAUGAGCAACCUUCCUACCACCUACUCGGUACUUUGUACCAAGGACUAAUAGCAGAAACAACCAGACUGAGGUUCAGCAUGCAUUCAGCGCUGAUGAUGUUGAAACUGUCAUGAAGAACAUCUAUCAAACACCCAAUGAAUUUAAUAUUACGAUUGAUAAUAGAACUCCGAAGGAUUCUUUUCAUAAGGAAAAUGAUAAUAUUGACUCUUUGAAGUUUCCCAAUAUUUCUCGUACUGUUAUUCUAACCGAGAAAGAUGAUACCACUGAUCAGAAAACCGAGAAUGAAGAUAUUGAUAUUGUCUCAAAAAUGAUCACUCAUGACCUAGCUCCUUCAGAGUCUGGUCCAACAGGCUCAAUAACUGAUAGAGGAGAAAACCAGAGCUACCAAAGAAUCAUCAUCUCCGAAUCAGUCCCAAAAAUCCAUAAGAAACCCAAUCACAAGCUUAACACAUUAUUCCCAAGACGAAUCCACAAACUAUUCAAUCAGCAGUGCAAAAGUCACUUAACUUUCGCCAAAAAGCCUAUGUCCCCAAAACCACCUCAAAAGCCCUCACCAGUCCCUCUGCAGCCUAUUGACCCUCUCGAGCGUACCCGGAUCGACUACAUCACUAGCACAGCUACCACAAAUCUCCACCCCUUCGAGUCCUCCAAGAGUGCCGCAAAUUUACUCGCAGAGAUCCCUAGUUGUUCGGACAAGCAGGCACCUUCCCACAGCAUGAACACUGACUUAAUUCUCUCUGAACAAGCACCCACCCAGUUGAUUUCUAAGAUCAGGAACAAAAUUGCCGACCAGCCGAGGAAGGAAGAGAAGAGGAUCAUGAAUGAGGAGGACAUCAGACUGAUCGCGAAGAAUGCUAAAUCUUACAAGCAGAUUCCAUUUUCAACGACUCCUGCUCUAGAGCAGCCAAAAGCCCAGAACCAGGCUGAAAUCCUUGCUAGGCUGAACCUGAAUGAGAAGAUGAAGAUUCUUGAUAGCCUAGUCAAACAAAUGGAGGCUGAUUGUGGUAUCUAACUCUCCAUAAUUUCAGGGGCUCGAGACCUCAAGUGUUCAAUCACACCUAAGAUUUACCACUCAUGCCAACUCCGAAGCUGGGGAGGAUAGGAGCCAUG